AUGACAAGCGAAGACCACCACGCCGACAGCAAGGCCGACCCCGCCGCGCUCGCCGCCCACGACGCGUACGCCGCCGAGGGCACUCUCAAGCGCAACAUCGGCGCGGUGGGCAUCGUCGGGCUCGGCCUCUCGAUCGUCAACGGCUGGGUGGCGAUGAGCUCCACCAUCGUCAUCGGGCUGGGACAGGGCGGGGCGCCGCUGAUUCUCUACGGGCUGAUCGGCACGAGCGCGAUCAACGCGUUUGUGAUUGCGACGAUUGCGGAGCUGGCGGCCGCGUACCCCACCGCCGGGGGGCAGUACGUGUGGUCGGCCAUCUUGGCCGGAUCCGCCCCGCGCUCCGAUGGCACGCCGCGCCGCCACCCCUUGGCCUUUAUCGUCGGCUGGGCGACAGUGUACGAGUGGAUCGUGAUCGUUGCCGCCGUGUCCAUUAUCGCCAGUCAAGCCGUCUUCGGCCUCGUGACCACCUUCAACCCGAGCUUUACCGUGGCACGAUGGCACGUCUUCCUCAUCUUCGAGCUCGUCAACACCAACUCGCUGCUCGCGAAUGUGUUUUUCCUCACCCGCAUGCCCGGCAUCGGGACCUUCUUCCUCGUGCUCAGCAACGUCGUGUUUAUUGUGAUUCUCAUCACGUGUCCCGCGACGGCGGCGACGCACCAGCCCUCCAGCUUCGUGUGGACACAGUGGCAGAAUGAGAUUGGGUGGGAUAACAAGUUUGUCGUGGCGGCUACUGGGCUCGUCAACCCUGCCUUCAUCUGGUCCGGCAUCGACGGCGCAGUACACAUCGCCGAAGACUGCCUCAACCCCGCGCGGACCGUCCCGCUGGCGCUCUUCAGCUCCAUCGGGCUGGGCUUCGUGACCGGCCUCGCCAUGUCCAUCGCACUGCUGUAUUCAAUCCAAGACGUCGCGGCGGCCGCGAGCGCCGAGCUGCCCUUCCUCACCAUCAUCGUCCAAGCUACGCGCUCCAAGGCCGCCGGCGCAGUCCUCAUGGCGGCGUUUUUGCUCAUCAUCAGCAUCAUGACCAACUCGAUCCAGAUGGCGAGCAGCCGGCUUAUCUGGAGCUUUUCGCGGGACAACGCGCUGCCGUUUUCCAAGCGCCUAUCGCACGUCUCGCCGACCCUCCGCGUGCCCGUGCUCCCCAUCGUGUUGAGUUGGUUCGGGGUCACGGUCCUCGGCCUGCUCUACAUCGCCAGCGACACAGUGUACAACUCGAUCAUAUCGUGCUGCAUCAUGCUGCAGAACUUUGCGAUCAGCGUCGUCGCGGUGCAGCUCAUGCUCAACGGCCGCAGGAUGAACCCCAACCGCUGGCUCAAGCUCGGCGCGUUCGGCUGGGUGGCCAAUGUCGUCACGGUUGUGUGGACGGUGUUCUCGACCGUCAUGUGGCUGUUCCCUAUCACGCCGCAUCCCACAGCGGCGGACAUGAACUACUCCAUCGCAGUCCUCGCCACAAUGGCCCUCAUCGCCGCCCUCGACUGGAUCUUCUACGCGCGCAAGCACUUCCGCGGCCCGUCCGACGCGACGCUGCAGGCGAUCGAGAGCGAGAAUCAUAUGGUGGAGACGGAUGACGUUGAGGGGGAGAAGGGGCGCGAGGCGGCGGCGGAGCGUGUUGCCUCGGUGCCGUCUAUUGAGCACUAG